GGCGAGGAAGAGGAUGACGGGUGGGAAGCGCGGCGGUGGCGGGAGGGGUCGGGAAAAGGGCGUUCGAGGUGACGGGAGUGUGGGAGGACACAGCUGAAGGAGCGCUGCUGCAUCCCCCCCUCCUCCCCGCAGCCGCCUGUCCCCCCGGGGACCCGUCUGUCCCCAGCCAGCCCGCGCUGGCACCGAGCACGGUUCCGGCUCCGUGUCCCUGCCGUGACACCACGCUGGGCGCUGGGCUGAGGAUUUUUUGGGGACCGCAAUCCCCAGGCUGGUGGGGAGCCGGGCAUCACCUCCAGGGCGAGCUGGGCACCGCGCUCUGGGGACAACACAGCAUCUCCGGCCACCAGGGGAAACUGAGGCAGAGCAUUUCCAGCCGCCAAGGGAAACUGAGGCAGCGAGCAGAGGCUGCCCACCGCUCCUGUCCCGUGUCACCGCAUCACCUGGCCGUCACCACGGCAGCCCGGCAGCGCGCUGGGGACGCCGGAGGGGCCCGGGCUGAGGGCAGGAGCCGCCGGGCGCUGCCAGCGCCUGGUGCAGAAUAACAAAAGCUCUCGCGGCCACCGCGCCCGGUGCUGGGCACAGGGGGGGAUCGGGGCUCCUUCCUCUGCUUCCCUCAGCUUCCUCACCUGCGCCGCGGUGGAGGCAGGAUCCGGCCUGCCCGGGACGGCGCUGAGCACCACAUGAGUGUCGGAGCAGCAUGGCCAGCGACGCGAGGAUGGGGGAGACCCCGGCGCGGUGGAGAAGAGCCCCGGAGGCAGCGCAGGACUCCCGGGGGAUGGAGAGCAGCGGGAUGCUUUUAUCCCGAAGCGCCGCUGCCGAGCUGGGACUCCAGGGCUACCCGGAGCCCGGCAAGCUGAGCUACGCCAUGGAGAAAGGAUGUCCCUGGAGGGGCUCCGAGGGAUGUCUGGGACCCGUCCGGGAGCUCGCCGGUGGCCGCCUGGGCUGUCCCUACCCACCGGCCCCGCCGUGCCUGCGGGACGCCCUGAGCCGCCCCAAGGACGGAGCCGAGCUCCCCCCGCUGCUGCACCCCCGGAACGGGCAGCCCAAGGCGGGCUGGGGGGAGCCCUGCAAGGAGCACCCGGGGCCGCGCUGGGCCGAGGCCGUGCUGGCCCCGCUGGCCCUCUACAGCCACGCGUACCACCGCUACCCCCUGCCCGUGCCUGGGCUGGACACGCCGCGCCCCGGCACCGCCGGCAAGCCCCGUAGCGCGGCGGGGGACGCGGCAGGAGACCCCCCGGCCUUCCACCAUUGCCCCUUCCUCGUGGAGGCCAAGCACAGCCCCUUCCUCCUGUCCUCGCUGCUGCCCAGCGGACCCCCGGCCGAGCCCCCGUUCGGCGGCGCGGGGGCGGAGGGGCCGGGCCCGGGGGGUGACGGGCGCUUCGCUGGCCUGGACUGGCGUUUGUGCUCCUACGCGCCCGCCUGGGGACAGCCCCUCUACCUGGGGGUCCCGCCGAGGUGCAAAGCGGCUCCGGCCCCCUUCGACGACUGCUCCAGCUCAGGGAACAAGGAGUUUUACGCCAAGAAAGGACCCGGGUUCCACCCCUCGACCAAGAACCACGCGGCGCCGCAGCUGCUGGGCAAGGGCCAAGCAGGGCACGACAGAGACGGGGAGGGGGAGCCGGCGGUGCCGGAGCUGCCGGGAGCCCCGUGGAGGGAUGGCCGGGCGGGGGGCAGCUCGGCGGUGCCUGCUCCCCAUCCCCGCACGCCUCCCCCCGGCGCCAGCCGCCCCCUGUUCCUCCUGCAGCCCGGCUCGGGGGGCUGCGGGGGGCCCUGGGUGGGCGCACAGCCCCACGGCGCCGAUUUUUCCAUGGACGCGGGGCCGGGCCGGCCCUCGGAGCCCAAAGAUGAGCGCCUGGGCUACAGAAGUGCACAGCCCGGCUCGCCCCCGGCAUGCGGGGAGCCCCAUCCCUCGUCUCUGCUGGCGGACGGGCACUACCCAGCGGCUCCGGCCAAGCCCGAGCCCCCCCCGGGCUGUCUCUGCCCCACCCCGGGCUGCGAUGGGUGCUCGGGGGUGGGCUGCGGGGUGCCCAACCCCUUCGAGCCCAGCCUGGGCAUGGCCGGGGGGCGUUUUCCGUGCCCCCCCAGCAACCACACCAAGCUGAAGAAGACGUGGCUGACGCGGCACUCGGAGCAGUCGCUGCCUCGCUCCAAAGCUUCCCGGCGGGACGGGGGUCCCGAGCCCCCCGGGGAGGGAAAGCGCUCGGCCAAACGCCCCCACGGCACUGCCGAUGGUCCCCGCCCCGCCGGCGAGGGCGCCGGGGCGGCCAAAAGGGGCACCAAGGCCACCGCGGGCCCGGGUGAUGGCACGGAGAGCGCGGGGGACGCCGAGGAGAGGAGGAUGGAGCUGGGAGAGGAAGAGCCGCCGAGCUGUGCGGGGGAGCCGUGGUGCCUGCAGAGCCUGCCCUGCACGGCGCUGCCCCCCAGCAUCCCCCGCUGCUGUGCCUGUGCCCCCCGCGCCGGGGGGGACCCCGAGGGCGAGGAUGAGGAGGAGGAGCCCCCCGAGAGCACCUGCAGGCUGCUGCACUUCCGCAGGUUCGCCCUGGGGGACAGCGGCGAGCUGAGCGUCGAUGGCCUCUGCACCUUGGGGGAGGCCGAGGGGGAAGCGGCCGUCCCUGAUCCGGGGGUCAGGAAUGUGGGGAGCAGGAGCGUGGGGAGCAGCCUCUGCCUGGCCAAGUACCUGCUGGGGGUCCUGGGGGACCCUUUCUGCACCGCCGUCCGCAGGGACAGGGACACGUGGCCGGGAGCCCCCGGCGGGCCCGAGGCAGGGGUGACAGGCUGGAGGCGGGGGGAAGGAGCCCCCCAGCUCUGUGACGCCUGCCAGCGUGGCUUCUUCAACUCCCACUGGAGCUGCGCCAGAUGUGGCUUCCAGCUGUGCCCCGAGUGCCACCGCAGCCGGCGGGAGGAGAGUGGCCCUGAGGGUCCGGCGCUGCCACCGGAGUGCGCCCCCGGGCGGGACCACCACGUGUCAUCGCUGGUCCCCACGCAGUUCGUCCCCACCUGUGUCCUGACCCGGCUCUGGAAGCUCCUGCACCAGGUCAGGGUCAAGUUUGGCAUCGAGUCGCACUGUCCCUGCGGGGCGGGGGCCGCGGAGCCGAGCCUGGCGGAGCCCCCGGACAGGCAGGAACCGCCGGGGGCCGCGGUGCCCACCCUGCCCCCCCGCAGCCACGGCCCCGCAGACCCCGCCCGGCCCAUCAAGGAAGAGAGCCCCGAGGGGGGCCCGCCGUCCCCGGGGCAGCCCCCGGCGCGGGUGGGGGGCGUGCAGAGCACGACCCUCUGCGACCUGCUGGCCUCCACCGCCGUGAAGCUGUGCCUGGGGCAGGACGGGGUGCGCAUGGCCUUCGCCCCCGUGGCACCGGCGCUGCCCAACGACAAUCGCCUGACCAGCAUCCUGGACAGCAUCAUCGCCCGCGUGGUGGAGAAGAAGAUCCAGGAGAGGCAGGUAGGGGCCGAGCUGAGCCCCCCCGGCUGCCCGGACCCCCCCGCAUCCCACUGCAUCCUGGCCCCCAGCGGGCUGCUCUGGCUGCACGACCCCGGCCACGCCAGCAACUACAAACUGUUCCAGGAGCACUGGAGGCAGGGCCAGCCUGUGCUGGUUUCAGGGCUGCAGAAGAGGCUGGAGCCGCGGCUGUGGGCGCCCGAAUCCUUCCAGCCCCCGGGGCAGGAGGAGGAGGAGGUGGAGGCGGUGAACCUGCGGGCACCGCGGAGCAGAGUCCGGAUGAGCAGCCGGCAAUUUUGGGAUGGCUUUGCCGCCAGCACAGCAUCCCCCGAGCAGGAGCAGAGCAGCGGGGACCUGCUGAAGCUGGAGCGUGGCCUUGGGGACACGGAGCUGAGCCGGGCCACCAACCUGCAGGCCAGCCUGCCCCUGCCCGAGUACUGCGCGGCCAGCGGCCGCCUCAACCUGGCCAGCUACCUGCGGAGCCAGCGGGGCCGGCGCUGGCUCCGCCCGCGCGUCUGCGUGGCCUACGGCGCGCGUCCGCAGCAGCGGAACUUCGGGACCAAAGCCCUGACGGUGGAAGCGGCCGAUUCCAUCAGCGUCCUGGCGCACGCAGCGCCGGCUCCGCGGGAGCUGCCGCUGCCAGCGGACACGGAGGAGCUGGAGGCGCCGCUGCGGGCGCGGCUCGGGGCGGGCGGGCGGCCCGGCGCCCUGUGGCACAUCUACCGCGCCGAGGACGCCGCGCGGAUCCGCGAAUUCCUGCUCAAGGCGGAGCAGGAGCCGGGGCAGGAGGGGGCGGCCCCGGCGGAGCCCCCCGGCCGCUACCUGGACCCCGGCCUGCGGCGGCGGCUGCGGGACGAGUGCGGCGUGAGCGGCUGGAGCCUCCUGCAGCUCCCGGGGGACGCCGUGCUGGUCCCCGCCGGGGCUCCCCACCAGGUGCAGAGCCUCGGCGGCACCAUCAGCGUGGAGCAGCAAUUCCUGUCCCCGGAGAGCGCCGUGCGCCUCCGGCACCUCGGCACCGGCCCCGCAGGGACCCCGCGCCAGCUCCGCGCCCAGCUGGACGGGAUGAUCUUCGCCGCCGUGAGGGAGGCACUGGGGGUCCUGCGGGGCUGCCAGUGAGGGCACGGAGCGACGGGAGGACACCGGGAGCCUCGGGCACGGUCACAGCCACUGCCGGGACACCGGGAGCCUCGGGCAUGGGCACAGCCGGGACACCGGGAGCC